AUGGAUGAGAUUGCGCCGGAGUAUGAUGUCGUUGUGCUGGGCACCGGCCUGACCGAGUGUGUGCUUUCUGGUGUCCUGAGUGUGAAGGGCAAGAAGGUGCUUCAUAUUGAUCGCAAUGAUCACUACGGCGGAGAAGCGGCAUCUGUUAACAUUGAAACACUUUUCAAAAAAUACGGAAACGUGCGCCCGGGCGAGGAGCCAUGGAAGAAAUACGGCCGAGUCAACGACUGGAACGUCGACUUGAUCCCCAAGCUGCUCAUGUCGAACGGAGAGUUGACCAACAUCUUGGUGUCCACUGAUGUGACGAGAUACCUGGAAUUCAAGCAGAUUGCUGGAAGCUAUGUGCAACAGGGCGAGGGCCCCAAGGCCACUGUCGCCAAGGUUCCAUCGGACUCUGGCGAGGCAUUGCGUUCGUCCCUGAUGGGGCUUUUCGAGAAGAGGCGCGCAAAGAAGUUUUUGGAGUGGGUUGGAGAAUUCAAGGAUGACGACCCUAGCACUCACCAAGGACUCAACCUAGCCACUACUACUAUGAAGGAUGUUUACGACAAGUUCGGCCUAGAGGCCACCACCCGCGACUUUAUUGGUCAUUCGAUGGCACUGUACCAGUCAGACGACUAUAUCUUGGUUUCUGGAGGAGUGAAGGAGUCGGUUAACCGUAUUCGUUUAUAUGUCAACUCGAUGGCGCGAUAUGGAAAAUCCCCUUACAUCUACCCGCUAUAUGGACUCGGUGAACUGCCCCAGGGAUUUGCCCGUCUCUCGGCUAUCUACGGUGGUACUUAUAUGCUUAACACGGAUGUCGACGAAGUCCUGUAUGACAGCAAUGGCAAGGUGUCUGGCAUCAAAGCGACCAUGAAGGAGCGUGACGAAGCUGGCGAGGGUAUGAAAUUCGAAACAAAGACAACCAAGAUCAUCGCCGAUCCUUCAUACUUUACUGGAAAGUCCAAGAUUACCGGAUAUGUGAUUCGCGCGAUUUGCAUCCUGAAACACCCCGUCGACAAGACCGACAGCAGCGACUCUCUACAGCUGAUCAUCCCUCAAUCGCAAGUUGGACGCAAGCACGACAUUUAUAUUGCCGUGGUCUCUUCUGCUCACAACGUCUGCCCCAAGGGCUACUAUGUCGCCAUUAUCUCUACCGUUGCCGAGACUGAAGCUAAUCACCACGUCGAGUUGGAACCUGGUUUCCAGAGACUUGGAAAGAUUGAAGAGACAUUUAUGGGCCCUCCUAUUCCUUUGUACGAGCCUCUCGAAGACGGCAAGAACGACAACGUGUUCAUCUCCAAGAGCUACGAUGCCACUUCACACUUUGAGACUACUACCGAUGAUGUUCGUGAUAUUUACCAGCGUGCCGAGGGCCAUGAGCUUGUUGUUGAAGGCCUUCGCGAAGGCCAGAACCUUGUUAACGAAGAAUAA